UAAAGUCGAAAAGUGGCUAAGAAAUAUUUUUAACAUUCCUAUACAGACCACAAGUAUAAAGUUAAAAUGAUUAAAGCGAUUUUGGUUUUUAACAACCAUGGGAAGCCUAGACUUUCUAAAUUCUACCAGUAUUUUAAUGAAGAUAUGCAGCAACAAAUUAUUAAGGAGACUUUCCAGCUUGUCUCAAAGAGGGAGGAUAACGUUUGCAAUUUCUUAGAAGGUGGAAGUCUUAUUGGAGGUUCGGACUAUAAGUUGAUAUAUCGUCAUUACGCGACGCUCUAUUUCGUUUUUUGUGUGGAUUCAUCUGAAAGUGAACUGGGAAUUUUGGACUUAAUUCAAGUUUUUGUGGAAACUUUGGACAAAUGCUUUGAAAAUGUUUGUGAGUUAGAUUUGAUAUUCCAUGCUGACGCAGUACACCAUAUCUUAGCUGAGCUUGUUAUGGGCGGAAUGGUUCUUCAAACCAAUAUGACUGAUAUACUUGCCCGCAUCGAAGAACAAAACAAAUUAGUAAAACAAGAGGCUGGAAUAUCGGCGGCCCCAGCUCGUGCGGUGAGUGCUGUAAAAAGUAUGAAUAUUCCACAACAAAUAAAAGAUAUAAAGCUUCCCGAUUUACCUCAAGCGAUAAAGGACUUAAAAUUCUGACCAAGUCAAAGUUCAGCCACGGAAAUAUUAGAUUCGCUUCUUACUAGCAAUUUAUCAACUUCUGCAACAUUCGCUGCUUUGUCGACUGCAGAUGCAGAUUAUUAUACAUUUCUGAGACAAAAUACAUAUGAGCUCAUUGAAAAUGAAAGCACGGUCAACAGUAUAUCAACUCCUUAUUUUAUUUCUUCAAAUAGUUAUAAUUCCAAUUACUACCAAAGAGAAUGCGCGAUAAAUGACGUUGUAAUUUCGAAAGAAGAUAUGAGCCUAAAUAGGGGACAAGAAGCAAGCAUUAAGUUUGUUAAACAGUCUUUUGAUAUGGAUAAAAAAAAACAAGACCGAAAGAAAAAAACAGAAAAUGUCGAAUAAAUAUUGUUUGCAGUAGAUCUUAUACAGUUGCGUAAUUUAAGAUUUUUUCUUUAAUCUACAUAUAUGAUUCACAUUCGAUAAAUGUGUAAAACAAAAUAAAUUAUUUUUAAUUCAAAAACAAA